UAAAUUAAAAAAAACCCACAUGGAUAAAUUUCACAAUAAAUAGCUCUGCUACUACAUUUCAUUUCUUCCCAAUUAUGUCAUUGCAAAUAUCCAUCCAACAUUUCCAUUUUUUCUCUCAAUUUCUUAUUAUUGGUACUAUACUCAACACAAACCAAUCAACAUAUAGAGAAUUCUUUCUUGAAAAAAACAAGAUGGCAAUUAAGACAAAUGGGUUUUUGGAGGGAUCAUUACCAGAAGAAUUGAUGCAACUUCUUGUAACAUUAGCAUCAAGAUGGGAAGAUGUGAAUGACCCAAAUGAAAUUCAAGUAAAGAGAUUAAGUGGGGCCAUGACUAAUGAAGUUUUUCAAAUAAAAUGGGCAAAUGAGAAAGAUGAUCUUCAUAGGAAAGUUUUGGUAAGAAUAUAUGGUGAAGGAGUUGAUGUUUUCUUCAAUAGAGAUGAUGAAAUUAAGACUUUUGAGUGUUUGUCUCACCAUGGUCAAGGCCCUCGUCUUCUUGGCCGUUUCUCCGAUGGCCGUGUUGAAGAAUUCCUACAUGCUAGGACUCUAUCAGCAGAAGAUCUAAGGGACCCAGAAAUAUCAGGCCUAAUAGCAGGAAAGAUGAGAGAGUUUCACAAGCUUGAAAUGCCAGGCACUAAAACAGUGGUCUUAUGGACAAGACUCCGUCGUUGGCUGAGGAAAGCGAAGAGUUUAUGUUCGUUAGCAGACAUCAAAGAGUUUGGAUUAGAUCAUUUAGACGAUGAAAUCCAGCUGUUAGAGAAGGAACUCACUCAACAUGAUCAAGAACUUGGGUUUUGCCACAAUGAUUUGCAAUAUGGCAAUAUCAUGAUGGAUGAAGAGACUAAAUUUGUCACUCUUAUUGAUUAUGAAUAUGCAAGCUAUAAUCCCAUUGCCUAUGAUAUUGCUAAUCACUUUUCAGAAAUGGCUGCCAAUUAUCAUACUGAUCAACCUCAUAUUUUGGAUUACACUAAAUACCCAGAUGAAGAGGAACGUCGAAGAUUUAUCCAGGCAUAUUUGAGCUCAUCAGGAGACGACCUUAGUGAUAGUGAAGUUGAAAACUUGCUAAAAGAUGUUGACAAAUACUCUCUUGCAAAUCAUCUCUUUUGGGGCUUAUGGGGCAUCAUUUCGGCCUACGUGAAUAAUAUCGAUUUCGAUUACAAGGAAUAUGCAAGACAGAGGUUGGAACAAUAUUGGUUAAAGAAGUCUCAAGUCCUUAGUCCCUAUGCAGUUUGUCGUGAUGAUGGCGAAAAUGGUUUCUAAAUUUGAAAGCGUGCAAAAUCAAUUAAGUUAGUGAUCUAAGUCACAAAAAUUUUGUAAAUUUUUGGGUCUUUGUAAAAUAUAAUAUAUAUUUUCUUCGUUUUGAAAUACAUGCUCACUUAGGCUUUUUUGAUAAUGGUUUUGUAAAUUGUAGGAGUAAACUACAAGUACCUUGUCAACUUUGUCAAAGUAUGUAAUGUAUUCCCAUGAAUGAAUCGCAGUUUCUUCAACAAAA